AUGCACGAAGAGCAAGAUACGUGCCGGAUAUGCAGCGCGCCAGCCGAACCCGACCAGCCAUUAUUCCACCCCUGCAAAUGCUCGGGGACGAUACGCUACAUCCACCAAGACUGCCUAACGACGUGGCUCGCACAUAGCAAAAAGAAGACGUGCGAUGUGUGCAAGCACCCGUACUCGUUCCAGAAGGUGUACGCGCCGGACAUGCCGGAGCGACUGCCACCGCUGCUCGUGCUCAGGCGGCUCGCGCAGCAGGCGUUCUGGGGAUUCUUAUUCUGCGUACGUGCAGUGUUGGUAGCUAUUGUGUGGCUCGUCAUCCUACCCUGGGUGACUCUGUGGACAUGGCGGAUGUACUUUGCUAUGGGAGAAUCCACGGCAUGGUGGAUAGCCGACCGCCCAAGACCGCCUUCAAGCUAUGCCUCAACCAUAUUCGACCGCUUUACUACCAUUGAUCGAAACGAGACCGCGCAUUCUCUCAACGGUACGUCUAUCUCGGAGCUGAUGGCCCACCCGACCUGGCGCAACCUCUCGGCAGACAUCUUCACCGGGCAGAUCAUUGCCUGCCUGAUCGUACUUGUCUUCGUGGCCGUCUUCCUGCUCCGGGAAUGGAUAGUUCAGAACGCGCGACCCGGCGUGCUUGAGGAAGAGGACGUACACGUACCGCUGCCCGAGCAACCGGCACCCGCGGUGGAUCCUCCGGUGCCUGCUAUUGAGCCUCUCCCGGCAGAGGAGCCGCCAGAAGCAAUUCUCCGAUACGCGCAAGUGAUGCCUAGCGGCCCUGCCUUCAACGUGGACACGGACACCGAGGACGACGACGACAGCCUCGAGCACGGGCGGGCGUCUGGGAAGCGGCUGCACAGGAGCGAGGGGAAUGUUGCGAGGGCACGGGUGAGACACAGUCGCCGUAAGCGGGCCAUGAAGCGACCCAGCACCUUUGUGGACGACGAUUCGGACCAGGAAGAUGAACCACCUGCACCUCGAUUCCGCCAUCCACAUCCCGAACGUUUGUAUGCCCGCGGAUUGCCCAAUAGAGAGGACAGGCCGGUUGUGCGCCCGAAGAGAAUAUUUGAACAGUCUCCACAGGGUCCUCCUCCCAGCGCGCCGUUUACAUUCUCCAUGCCGAUCGACAAGGGUGCUAUGAUUCCUCGGAGUGCGUCCGAGCCCUCUCUCGAAACCCGCGGUGCUCGACCUUUUACGCUUCACCGUACCCUUGCGCCGACGUUUAGGUCGGAGGGUGCUGCCUCUCGCCCUCCGCGCCAAGACGAUGACGAUUCUCCAGAGCCAAUCAAGUCAGAAGUUGAGACGCACGCUCUCGAUACCCACGAGGAUCUUAUGCAGGGCGUGCAGUCGUUUAUGCUGGGGCAUGAUGUCCCUCGAGACUUCCUAUCUAGGUUAGACUCCUACGUGCCAGUAGCGGGCCCUUCCUCCGCUGCAGAGACAAGAGGAAACACUGAUUCCACGACAGUCAUGGGCAAUCCCGAACCAGCAUCAGCAGCAUCCUCAGAGUCGUGGAUCGACGUCUCGUCGCCCACCCCAUUCUCGUUUGCACCUCCGAAUGCUGCGGCGGCGAGUCGCAUGUUCGCGUCCAGCCCCGCGACGCCCCUGCCGUACCCCUUGACUUCGAGCCCUGGGGCAGGACCAAGUACACCGCGCCGGCCGCCACUACCGAGCGUCACCCUGUCGCCGGCGAACGGCGGUCGUGCGUCACCUCGGCUAGUCCCUCCCAGUCAGAAAGCCACUCCUCUCACUUCCCCUAGUCUAGCAACGUAUCGCGCCCCUGAGGAGUUCGAGCAGGGAUCUUCUCAGCUUAUUGGCGGGUACUUCGACCCGCAGAUGCUGGAGCCGGAGAAGACGUUGGACGAGGACGAGAUAGUGACCGAGGAAGAACACGAACAUUACUUCCGGCUGCCGGAGGAAGAGCAGCGGGACGUGCAACACGAGGAUGGGGAGCACGACCAUGACCAUGAUGAGCAUGAACACGACUUCACCCCUCCUCCCUCGAAUGUGGAGUCUGAUGAGGAAGAGGUAGAUGGGGGCUUGGUCAGGGUGGACGUUCUGGAUCCGGCGCGUAGAGAUCAUCACCGUGAGGAAAGGCAGGAGGCGGCGCAGCAGCCUGAAGCUCCCCCGCAACCCCAGGCGGCGCCUCCGCAAGGCGUUGACCCGAAUGACUUACCUGAAGGCGAUGCACAAGAUGACAUGGACGGCGCGAUGGAAGCCAUCGGAAUGCGUGGUCCGGUAUACGGCGUACUUCAGAACGCCGCGCUUAUGAUCUUCAUACUCGAUACUACGAUUGGCCUCGGUGUUUGGAUACCGUUUACUAUCGGGAAGUCCACCGCACUGCUUUGUAUGGACUUGCGAAGGCUCAUUCAUAUCAUUCAUUCGCCGAUCCGUGCUAUGCGUCUUAUCACCGAUCCCGUUGUCGAUCUCUCCUUAUUCGUGUUAGCUAAAUGGGUUGUGUCGCCGAUCCUCAGCAUCAUCGAUGGAAACCAAUACUUGAAAUAUGGCACUUCUAUGUUGAGCGGCCUGGCGCAAAACGCAAAGGCAACCAACACUACGACGGUUUCCAGCCCUAGCGUACCUGCGCUCACUUACGCUGCGAUCGACCGAUUAUUGGAGUCGAACUCCGCGGUCGUGCGUGCCGCCGAGCCAUACUUCGCUGCGUUCGGGCUGUGGGUACGGGAGACAGCAGCCAAAUUCCAGGACACAUGGGUUCGUCUAGCAAUGGGAGACGGCAUACCCGAGAGGGUCUUUGCAGUCGGGCUAGGCUACAUAGUUAUUGGAGUAUACUAUACGCUCUACUUGAAUGUUCUCAGCUCGGGGAGCGCACAAAGUGCUGGGCGAGCAAUCCGUGGGGUGGUCCGCCAGCAGCUGCUCAUUGUGAAGAUGGCCAGCUUCAUCACCAUCGAGUUAGUCAUCUUCCCUCUGGGAUGCGGCCUGGUGCUGGAUUUGUGUACCAUCUGGCUGUUUCCCGAGGCUACUCUGCAGACACGCGCUAUGUUCUUCCGUUCAGCGCCUGUGACAGCGACAUUUUACCAUUGGGUCGUCGGCACCAUGUUCAUGUAUCAAUUUGCCGUGUUGCUGGCUGGAUGCAGAAGCAUCAUGCGUCCGGGUGCUAUGUGGUUUAUCAAGGACCCACAGGACCAGAACUACCACCCUAUCCGCGAUAUCUUGGAAAGGCCAUCCUUCACUCAGUUACGAAAGCUCUUCGUUAGUGCUGUUAUGUAUGCAGUCGUCAUUGCCUUUGGCGUUGCCACGGUUUCCGCGUUGGUUCUCGUUGCAAGCAAGUCCACCCUCCCGUUAAGAUGGAGGAUCCGACAACCAUUGUCGGACGUUCCAAUAGAUCUUCUGUUUCUGCAUAUCGUGCUUCCGUACACCAUGGAUUACUUCCGUCCAAACAAGGCGCUCGGAAAAGCUGCGAACGCGGGAUGGAAGUAUGCUGCAGCUAGGUUGCGAUUGACGUCUUACAUGUUCGGGGAACGCGUCCCUAGCGAAGAAUACACCCCGAAGAACCGCUUUGGUCUACAGGGCCUGACGAAGAUGGAGGUGGUUGAGGAAGGCAUUCGCGACGGACAUUUUAGGCGCGUCCCUGCAGAUGAUAAUAUUGCCCUGCCGAGAGAAAUGAGGGCUACGGCGGAAGUCACUGAACAUGGUGAACCCGCCAAUGAGGAGGCUGCCCGUCUGAUCAAAGUGCAAAAUGAGGAAGCUCAGAAGGCCAAGAGGAAUCCCAAGACAGAUUACACCAUCGUAUACAUCCCGCCCAAUUUCCGGACUCGCAUACUCACCUUCAUCUUCGUGGCUUGGUUAGCGGUAUGCGCGGGUGUCGCUGCCGUGUUCAUUGUACCGAUCCAGCUGGGGAGAUUGUUCUUCGGCGUUUUCAUCGAACGGGAAGUCCACGACGGGUAUAGCUUCUUGUUUGGGUUCUACCUCUUAUGGGGCUGCUACCUCGUGGGUUACGCAGUGGACAGGCUAGACAAGCGUAGGCAAAGGAGAGGCGGCGAAGAGCCACGAGCUGAAUGGCCGCUCUAUCUGCUGAAGCGUACGUUGCUCUGGCUCUCGAAGAUCGCAUACAUGGUCUUCACUCUGGGGAUUGUCUUGCCUAUCUUGAUCGCGCUUGUGUUCGAGUUCUAUCUGAUCCUACCUUUCCGGUACACUGUGGAUCCUGCCUUCGUGCCCCGGAUCCGUCUGGUAGAUAUGUGGGCACUCGGGCUUGUAUACGCGAAGAUCGCCAUCCGGGCGCAGAGAGCGCAUCCGCCAGAUCAUCGCUUCUUCGCAGGAUUCGCCAAUAUUACUCGCAACGGAUGGACCCAUCCUGACCCCGUCAAGGCCACCAAGGAAGUCAUUGCCCCUCUCACAGGAGCGCUACUGGCAGCACUUUUGUGCCCCAUCGGGGUAGACUGGCUAUGCAGACGGUUGCUCAGCCUGCCAUUGGACAACCGCUUCCUUUUCAUGCACGUCUAUCCAGGCAUCUUCGGCGUGAUCGGGUUGUCCCGUCUUGCUAACAACGCUUGGGUUGCGCUGUCUGCAUGGUCGCAGACGAUCAGGGAUAAAGAAUUUUUGGUCGAGAUGCGACUGCAAAAUAUGGAGCCUGAAUCACCGGCACAAUCGACUCCUACACCAGAACCGACGAGUAGUUGA